AUGCCCCCUCGAGUGUCUUUCGGCUCGAUAUGUAGCCGUUGUUCAAUCUCUAGACGUCAAUUUUCCACGUUCCGACCUCGAAAUCAGCAGUCUGCCCCGUCCUUCCGGUCCCUCCCUUCACUCCCGCCGCUCUCCGGCUAUGCUCGACUUCCAACGCGAGCUCUCAUCACUCUAACUGGGAAAGACAGCACGAGCUUCCUCCAGGGACUGGUAACACAAAAUCUCCUCACCCCGCAGAAUACACCGGUGCCGCAAAGUGGAUUUUAUGCGGCUUUCCUGAAUGCGCCAGGACGAGUGCUUCAUGAUGUCUUCAUUUACCCCGUCCCGCCGAACGAUAGCUACAACGGCACCUCAGACCUCGCAUAUCUUAUUGAAGUGGACAAGAAUGAGGUUACGAAUUUGAUGAAACACAUGCGGAAACAUAAAUUACGAGCGAAACUUGCGUUCCGUGCCAUGGACGAGGGCGAGCUUAAUGUUUUCAGCUUGUGGAAUGAGGAAGACGCGGGGAUUAUGGAGUACGAUUUUCAACUAGAAAAUGGAAAGUCGCCGCCUUUUACGUGUGUGGAUACACGCGCUCCUGGGUUUGGAUUCCGCUUCCUCGCGCCUGAGAAGGUCGUGAACGAGCAGCCGAUAAUGCCGGGCGAGAUGGUUGAUUUUGCUACGUAUAAUCUGCGUCGGAUUUUACAUGGCGUACCAGAGGGCCAGGGGGAGAUUAUUAGAGAAUCUGCGUUGCCGAUGGAAUGCAAUAUGGAUAUAAUGGGGGCUAUUGAUUUCCACAAGGGCUGUUACACUGGACAAGAGUUGACCAUCCGUACCCAUCAUAGAGGAGUGGUCCGCAAGAGGAUUUUGCCCGUGCAGCUCUAUGAUAUGGAUGAACCGAUCCCAGAGACUGACGUGCCAAACUACUCAUCAGAAUCUAAGUUGGUGUUACCCCCCGCUGGAUCUAAUAUAGCAAAGGUGAGUUCAAGGAAAGGUCGGAGCGCUGGAAAAUUCCUCUCUGGCGUGGGAAACAUUGGGUUAGCGCUAUGCCGAUUGGAAAUGAUGACAGAUAUCGUUUUUACGGAAGAGUCGUCGCAAUAUAACCCCGACCAGGAAUUUAAGAUAUCAUGGGAGGCUGAUGCGGAAGCAGGAGUUGAAAAGGCUGGAGAAUUGAAGGUUAAAGCGUUGGUCCCGCCAUGGACGAGGGAUUAUAUUGUUAGUGGAGGGGUGAAGAAGCCAACACCGCCACCGCAAAAGAGCGACGAAGAGGUUGCGGAAGAGUUGGAGAAGUUGGAUGCUAAGAUUAAAGAGAUUGAGCGGCAACGAGAGGAGUAA